UUCUUGCGCGAAGCGAAACAAACAUCUCCGGCUCGCGCCGUCACGGGGCGGCUCGCGCUGUCUCACAUCCGCCUCGGGCAGCAGCAGCCGCACAAAGCCGCGGCCCUGUCCGAGCCGCCACCACCGCCACACCACCAGGCCCAGCAGCACCGCGUCGGGCAUCGGCCGAGCACACGGAGACAACACCCCCCCACCCCCAUUCGUUCGUCGUUCACCAUUUUCCCACUCCGUGUCCCGCACCUUGGCUUCGUCUUCUCUCUCCCUGCCCAUGUGCCCGCGUUCGUCCGCCCUGCGAAUUCGUCCGUCGUUGUCGUCGUUGUUGGUAACGGCUGUCGUGGGCUAUCGUUGUUGCCCUGCCACAACCACCUCCACCACCAUCUCCUCCACCACCACCUCCUCCAUCACCAUCUCCUCCAUCUCCUCCUGCGUCCGCCCGCCGGGAUGUCCUCCGCGGGCUACGUGGUGCCCUGGUGGGUCUCCUGGCUCCACGGCUUCCCCCACCUGAGCUUCAAGUUCGCCAUCGUCUCGUCCGACUUCGCUCCGGACAGCCACGACUACCAACAGGCGCUGCUGUUGCUGCUGUGCCUGGCGGGCGGCUGCCUUCUGCUCACGCUGCUCUUCCUCGCCGUGCACUUCAUGGUGUUGUGCUGCCGCGGGGCGUCGCACCUCAAGAGCGAUCCGUCGCGCAAAGCCACGUGCUGCGUCACCACCUGCGCCAUCAUCUGCUGCGCGGCCAUCGCUGUGGGGUUUUACGGGAACGGAGAGGCGCACUUCGGCGUCAGUCAGCUGUCCGGCUCGCUGGCACGGGUCAACCAGACCAUCUCCAAAGUGACCCUUCUGGUGCAGGGCACGGAGGGGCAGCUGGACGGCAGCGUGACGGAUGACCUCGCCGCGUUGGAGGGGGCCAUCCCGUACGCCAACCUCUCGGGGCUCGUCGUGCAGGCCAGGGAACAGCUCAAGGUGGCCCUGGCGCAGCUCGUCGGAAUCUCUUUCUGGACCGACCCGACUGCGGGAUCGAAGGAGAUCCGGAAGUUUCACGAUCUCGUGGUGUCUGCCGAGUUUUACCGGUGGCUCGCGUAUCUGCUGCUGCUGAUCGUGCAGCUGCUGCUCUGCCUGCUCGUGCUGCUGGGACUGGCCAAGCGCUCGCGCUGCCUGCUUGUCGGACUUGUGCUCACCGGGUUGGUGAUGCUGAUCGUGGCCUGGGGAUCCCUGGGCCUGCAGAUGAGCAGCGCCGUGGCUGCAAGUGACUUUUGCAUGUCCCCACAAGAGUACAUCGUGAACAAGACGGAGGAAUCAAGAAGGGCACCCAAAGACGUCGUCGAGUACUACGUCUACUGCCCGCCAUCCUCGGCCGGCCCUUUGCAGGAGAAAGUCACGGCCAGCGUGCGUGCCAUUUCCGACAUGCAGUCCAUCGUCCAGAAGAUGCUGCAGAUUUCCCGCUUCAUCAUGCCGUCCAUUAAGGACCAGCUGCUGGCGCUGCAGCAUGACCUCAACUCGACCGACCUCACACUGCAGAAGCUCUCCGCGCUCGUCGAUUGCCACAACAUACACCAGGACCUGUUGGAGGCGCUGCAGGGUGUUUGCUACGACGGGGUGAGGGGCGUGCUGUGGCUGUGCGUGUUCUCCAUCGUGAGCGCCUGCUCACUCACCGUGCUCAUCGCCAUCAUCCCGCACACGAGCCAGCCCUCUCGCAGCAGGAGAAAGCGGUACUCCCAGGUGGAUGAUGAAGAUCCGUUCAGCCCCACCUCAAGUCGCGUUGGGGGGCCCGCAAGGGCACGGAGCCCCCCCUUCACCAACCCCUUCCCCUUUGGGAGCCAGAGCAGCCUGCAAGGUGUGGGGGGCAGUGGAACAACAGCCCUCGUGCGACCCACGUCGCCCGCCCUCCACCAUGGGAACCGCCCGUCCUCCUUCAGCCCGCCCGCCCCCAGGAUGGAGGACGCCCCGCUGCUCUCCCGCUACUCGCCACCUCCCUCCUACGCCGCGGCCACGAGGCACUUCGACCCCUUCGAAAACCCCAGGGAGAACUCCGCUCGAGUCUACGUGUCAUGAGGACCGGGGCAGCUUCGUCACCGCAAUCCGCACACACCAACACACGGACUGACAACUGCUAACAAAGACAAAGGUCCCCCCCUAUAGCCUCAACAGACUGUCAGGGCAAGUGCUGUUAGCGAGCACCUAAUGAAAGCCUGCACUGCACACGACGGGGGUGGGUGGCCAGCACCAUGCCCGGCCGCCUUUGUCUCCCCAGUGGCGAUGUUUUUUACAUCACACCGGGUAAUCUUUUGAGGCAGAGUCGACCAAGGGGAGGCCCAGAACCGAUUUGGAUAAUCGUCACCGGUGUUGGCCGUAAAGGUGAAUCGAAUUAUGGUCACCGAGUUCGUAGCGAAGCGCGCUAACCGUUGCACUACGACUCCCCAAUGCUGACACACGCACACCGCCGUCGUUGACAUUUCUGAUAAUUAUACGGCAGCACCAACGAGCGCUGGGGCAGCUGCAUCCAACUUCAAACGCUCGCUCGCACCGCCACGCUGAUCUGGAACUCCCCACACUAACGUACAUGAGCAACACAAAUGUAUGUAUGCGUGCAUGCAUUGCUGACAUCGCAUGCUACCAACUCAUUUGCACUCCAAACACUCGUACACACUAACCGACACGCAUGUGUACUUAUUAUAACUCGCACUGUCAACACACAUGUGCACUGCUGACACAGAUAUGCACUAAUGACACACGCGCACCACAAUGUACGUACAUGCAUGCACUACAAUUACACCCACACACAUGCACGUGCUACCAACACAUAUUUGCACCAUUGAAAUCCACAUACCACAACCUAUUUGCACUACCGACAACCACAACAAUAACAACAAAAGAUGCCAUUCGCCACUAAGUAGCGGUAACGUCAUCACCGCAGCCAUAAUCGGUCCACUGCUGGAUGAAGGCCUCCGGAAGCUGCCCGACAUCAGUGUUUACAAAUAUCAAACCAAAAAACAUUAGUGCUGAGAUAUUUUUUUAUGACUUUAAUUCUUAUACUAUUCCGCCAACUAUGUGCGAUUUACGCAGACACGCGGGGGGGUUUGUUUUCAAUGCUCUACAUUUCUACGACCGAGUUUUUGAGCUCCCCCUCGUCACGCUAAAGCGUUUGAGGCCACCGCCUCCACACCGCCCUGCUGGCCGUGGCGAUUUUUGUUCCUGCUAGGGAGAAAAUUCCUCGUCACUGGAACUGAGCAGCGUCUGUGUGGAAGGGACAAUCGCUGUAUUUGUCCAUGCACCCACCUCCCACUUCGCCCCCCAAACGACUGCUCUGUCGGGGUCCUGGGGGUCACACGAAUGCACCCUGGGUCAUGGAUGCAGACAUUGGUGAUACCCCCCCCCCCCCCCCUCAGUCGAUGGAAUUCAGGGGGUGAGUCAAAAUUGCCUUGAUUUCAAGAGUAACAAGUGCUGCUGGAUGUCGUUCAUUCUUGUCCGCUACUCCAAUGGUAUGGAACCCGGAAAUCCCCCAGACUUCCGUGCUGUCGGAUCCCUGCCCUUCCUCCCUGCCCAUACCAUCGUCACUUCACACAGACGCCCUUGGUAGCUAACUGCCACCACCGCAGCAAAAUUACGUUAAAGCUGACGUACAUUCCGGGCGGGUCCAUCGCGACCGUUUCCGAAGCUUUUUUUGCGAAAUUCACAAUCGGUUCCUCGACUCGUGAUAUGGGGCGAAGGGGGGCGGGGCUGCCUGAGCAGGGGCGGGGGCAGGGCCGGUGUCGGAAAGAAGCCAAGAGGAGGACGAGGAAGCUCGCUGAUGUGCGUGGCGAAAGCGGUCGAGUUGGACGUUAGCUGUGCAGACGUGCGUGGGGCUGACGGAGGGAGGCGUUUCCCGGCUCGCCCGUGUGGUCCUCCCCCCGGUGAGACACCCCAGAAUGUGCGGUGGCUUUAAAACGGUGCCUCCGGAGCGCGCACAGCGGCAGAAGCAGCCGCCGCCGCCUACAUGGACAGGGAACAAUAAUAUAGUCGCGCGUGCUGGUUUGGCCUUUUUCAGUGAUUUUGAUAUUGUGUUAUGAAAUAAUCCCUUGUACGUAUUGUUAUUGUCCUUUUGCCGUUUCAUAUUUGCACGUGAUGGAGGUGGGUGGGGAGAAUCCGUUUUCUAAUGCCCCCCUCCCUCAAUCCUCAUUACUUAAGAGGAGGGUCUAACACAUGUGACCCUCUUAUCUCCACUUGUAUUACACUGUUAACAAAGACCAAGUGCUGUGCAGUAGAGAUGUAACUGCGUAGAUAGAUUCAUGGUCGAUGACCGGAUUCUCCAGAUAAGAUGCAUUCCCUCCACCACCGUAUUGUAAAUCAAAAGUUGGGAGUGCGUCUUAUAAUUCUGUAUCCUAUGUGUGUGUGUGUUUGUUUGACAGAUACUUGUAUAACUUUAUUAACACUCAAGUGUAGCUUUGGGAUUCUUUCUUCCCGGAGUGGCUCAUCAUCUGGAGAAUGCGGUAAUAUCGAUUCUUUGACGCACAAUUUAAAUGGAUUCAAGCCCCCGCAUGUGUAAAAAAAAAAAAUUAUGUUGUUUGAUUCACAUAACGUCGAGCCCUUUAUCAAUCCACUGUUGGAUGAAGGUCUCAGGCCUCGCCACCCGUCAUGGUGGAUUGUGGUUUUGCCAUACUUCACCACGCUGGUCACAGCGAGGCUUUAGUGAAAGAAGCAUGUGGGGGGGGGGCAGGGGCCAGAACCGGUUAGCAUUUCACUCACCACUGACGGAUGCCAACCGUGGCCCAGGAGUCAAACUCAGGUCGGCAGGUUCAUAUCGCGGAGCGUGCGCCAACCACUGCGCCACCGUUCCCCACGUGCCCCCCUCCCCCACUCCUCGGGCGUGAAUAAUCCCGGGACCAUUCUGUUUUGAGUUUUUUUUGUCGUCACAGCUUUUUGGUCGCCCCCAUUGGCACAGUGGAGCAUUAAUACAUUUUAAAAUGGCCUUGAAAUUCGAACCCUCCGCUGUGAGAUGAGGCUUGAAACCGCAAGAAUGCAGCACAGUUUGUUACUUUAUAUUAUACUCGUGCCAGCACUGUGGAAAUAAGAAGAUGCUGCUGCCGCGGUGUCAUUGUUUAGGACGCCAGACCGGAAGUCUAGAGGUCCAAAUUUCGAUCUCCCGGCACGGCAGCUGAAAUAAAGGUGCAAGUUUCUUAAAUCCGCCAACCCCCCGCCUCGUUUCCAACCCAGGGGUGUAAUUGGGUUAAUCGCAGUGAAGUCGAUGGGAAAGUCGAUGGGCAAGUCGCGCGUUGUGGUGGUGGGGGAUACGUGUGGGCACACCUUCCAAAGACGUCUGCCCAGCGUGGAAGAGUAGGCCAAAUACACUCCUAGAGCUAAUUCCACCAGCGUCGUUUUCUUUUACCCGUGUGAAAUGUACGGUUUGGUUUCAAACGGCGUGUUCGUCUAACGCCUCUAGACUUUAAAACUCCAGGGCUUCUGAUAUUUUGCGGUAUAUUCCGUGUGUACAUAAACCCCCAGUGGUCUUUUGUCAAUCGACGACUGGAUGAGGACCUACGUACACCGUACGGGAUCGUUGGGGGAGGGGGGUUAUUUCAUCACGCUGGUCAGUCGGUGCUGUUCGGUGAAGGCAGAGAAGCACAGACGGAGUGUUCGAAGAACAUCAGUAGAGUCCAGGUGGAGUCUACUUGCUGAUCUGCCCUCUGCCGAUAACGUAUGCCCGCAUCAACCGUACACCACGUGUUUCUCUGCAUGGCGGUCACCUAAUCAAGUUAUGCAAAGUGCCAUGAUAUAACUGAAAUAUAAAAUACAAUGCAACGCUUGGAUGGACUGUCUCUGCCAUGCGAGUGUGGAAUUGUCACCGCUGGCUCGACCGAGAUGAGCGCGCUUCCCCGUUGCUCGCUUUGAGCGGUUGAGACAACGUGGACCCCUUUUUGUGUCUCUUUUGAAGGAGUUAAUUGUCCUAAAUUUUGUUUUGGGUGGGGGUGGGCAGGAGGUGUGGGGUGAAACAUCCUUCUGGGGGAGACUGGCCCCCCAAACUUAAGUGCCUUGAUUCCAAGCACCGCAGCGUGGUAUUAACUCAGGGCUCGGGAAGAUUGACCUCGCCGACAGCCGAAGAGGACCUUCGGAUGCAUUCUGGCUGGCCGACUUCGCGUUCGUAACUCGAGAACGUGAUCACGGCUCGCCAGCGCGGGUGACUGAUCGCGUUCAAGUUCGGUCGACACUGUGUUGCCGGGUUGAAACUUAUCGCCACUCUGGUAUCCGAUUAGUGCGCCUCGGGCGCUUGCAGUGACGGCCAGGCCCCAAGCACUGAUCUUGAAUUCGCACCGACAAAGCCACACACGGUGUGGUCGGAUGCGAUGCGAGUGUGCUUACUACGUCUGUUUUUGUCAAAUACUUACCUGCGUGUUGUGAAUUCGUUUUGCAGUUCUGAAGUGGGUGCAUGUGUACACGCUUUGUUUUGAUAUAUGCAAAAACUUUUCAAUAAAAUCUUUAAUUAAA